AUGGCUGUAUCUCGAAUAGCUUCCUCGCAAAGAAUGUGUUCAAGAUAUAAAUAUUUCUUUUAUAUUGCUCUACUGAUCUUAGGACUUCAGCUAUUUCUUGGCUAUAGCUUUUAUAACAUGAUCAGACCAGAAAACCCCGAUAACCGAUCGGAUGAUACGUUUUCUUUAAAAAAUCCAUUUGACAGUGACAGUCGACAAGUUGUAAAACGUGGUCAAGGUGUAAAUAUUGAGCAGACAAAUUCGGAAUAUGGGAGAGAUCCUUCAAAGCUGAUUGGUGAAAAUGGAGGAAAGGGUCCACCUGCUGGUAACCAUGGCAAACGGGUACUGAUUGACAAACAUGAUUCUAAGGUGACCAAUACCAGUGCAAGUAAGGUACUGGUGCGUGGUAAGGGAGGCAACCCUGUUACUCGGGGGAUAGUGACAUACAAACCAAAGUGUGACAUUGUUGACAAACAAGCGCUGUCGGCGCUUGGUCGAGCCAAGACCGUAGAGUGUCGUCAACAGAUUGCUGAUGUGGCAUGCCUUAAUGCCGAUGGCAUGCUGUACGCUCCUAGUCUUCCGAGAUACUGCCCUUUAAAAGGAAAUGAUACAGGCCGUUAUUUUGGAUGUUUCCAAGACAGCCUGAAUGAUCGUGAUCUUGAGGGUAAUUACAAAGAACUUCCAAAUAAUUCACCCAAAGUCUGCAUUGCCUUCUGUCUGAGAUCAGGGUUUCAUUACGCUGGCCUGCAGUACAGCAAGGAGUGUUGGUGUGGUGACAGGUAUGGGAGACACGGUAUUCUAGCAGAGGCACAGUGUGACGGCAAGUGUCCCGGCAGUGAGACUCAGACCUGUGGUGGCUACCUGGCCAUCAAAGUCUACAGCACAGGUUAUGGAGAGAAAAAGAAGAAUGUUGCUCCUCUGGUGAGAGCAACAUCAGCGAAGAUCUCCAACAUUUCGAGGAUUGUUUUUGUUCUCACGUUGAACGGUCGACAGAUUAGACAAGUUGUGAGGCUUAUCCGGACAAUCUACCAUCCACAGCAUUACUACUUCAUACAUGUAGACGAGAGACAAGAAUACAUGUUUCGUGAAUUGCUUCCCCUGGAGAACAGACUGGCCAAUGUUCACCUCACAAAGACACGGUUUUCAACCAUUUGGGGCGGAGCCAGCCUUCUGCAGGCUCAUUUGACCUUCAUGAAGGAACUGAUGACCUUGAAGGAGUGGAAAUGGGAUUACUACAUCAACCUUAGUGAGAGUGAUUACCCGAUCAAAACUGUUGGAGAUUUAACAGCCUUCUUGACAAAAUACAGAGGUCUUAACUUCUUGAAGUCUCAUGGAAGAGAUACACCCAGAUUCAUACAGAAGCAGGGCUUGGACCAGACAUUUUACGAGUGUGACAACCACCUGUGGCGGGUUGGUCCGCGGACUCUACCCGAGGGGAUCCGGAUUGACGGGGGCAGUGACUGGAUCUGUCUGUACCGAGAGUUUGUGGAUUACCUCAUCACGUCAAAGGACGAUCUCAUCACAGGCCUGAAGGAACUCUACAAAUACACACUGUUACCUGCUGAGUCAUUCUUCCACACUGUGCUUCAGAACAGCCAGUUCUGUGACAAGGUGGUCGACAACAAUCUUCACCUGACUAACUGGCGCCGCAAACAGGGCUGCAAGUGUCAGUACAAACACAUUGUUGACUGGUGCGGCUGUUCACCUAAUGACUUCAAGACAACUGACCUUGACAGGCUGAUGAAUUACGAAGAGAAACCGACAUUUUUUGCUAGAAAAUUUGAGCCAAUUGUCAACCAGGAAAUUAUAAACAGCCUGGAUGUCUACUUGUUUGGAAGAUUCCAGCAAGACAUGGUUGCCCUGACGAGCUACUGGCAGAAUGAAUACCACCAUCUGGACAAGAAGUGGUUUCCCAAGGACGCCUACCUUACGUCGUACCACUCGUUCGCACGUCUUGGGCUCAAGGCUCUCUAUCAACAGUCGAAGUCGUGCGGGUUCCGUCUCAUCAAGUUGCUCGAGGCCAACGUGUUCUACGAGUCGGAUCAUUUCCACGGUCUGCUGGUCAUGCACCACGCUGAGCAUGAGUCCACGGGGAAGGUUAUCACCAUGGAAACGCACAUGCAUCCGAGGCAUCAUUACACAGUGUUGAAACCAAAAGGAGUGAUUGGUCGGAUCCAGACUUUACAGGUUGGGACUGACUUUGAUCCUAAAGAACUCAUCUUUCGUAACUAUGCACAACUCAUCGGACCUUACGACGAGAUAGCGCUGCGUCACGUGUGGGGCCUUGGGCCCGAGUUUGUCGUCUCCAUGGCGUGGAUUGACCCUAUCAAUGUGGUGGCCGCGUCAUACGACGUGAAAAUUCCAGCGGGAAGCAUCCACGUCGGGCAGCACAAACCAAACUUCAACCGUCCACUACGUCCCGGGAUCUGGACAGUCAAGCUGAUGUUCAACUUCGACGUUGUGGCCGAGACUUCGUUUCUGGUGACACCGCUGUCUUUCUUUCACUCGAGGUCGAUAUCUACGUCGGAAAUCUAUCGGACCCACGCGGGACCUUUCGGGAUGUAUGCCACAAAGGACUUCUCUGAAUUCAGAGACGUCCUUCAGGUGAAGCAAAACGCAGAGCUCGAGAAACAGGCGAUGAUAAAUAUGAAGAAAGUGGGCAAGGAUUUGGAGAACUGGAUCGACAGUCUAGUGCCUUAUUUCUGGCAGGUGCAGAGAUCUUGCUCCGUCGAGGAUAUGACCAACAUGUGCGAUGAACUGCAACAGUGCCGCAAGACCUCGUGGAGUUCAAGGUCGCCCGAUCCAAAGUCGGAACUGUCGGCAAUAGGUUCUAAGCGAGUCUGGGCUAGAUAACAAACCAUUAGUGCUAGCUCAACUUUAUUUCCUCAACACCACACCAACACAAUGGGUCAAUGAACACAACUAGUCAAAAGUUCAAGUUCAGGUGAUAUUUUGUACAGUGGCACACUAAAAUCAUGAUCAAAAUUAUACCAGGUUUUUUCUUUCUUUUUUUGUUUUGUUUUGUUUUGUUUUAUUUAUUUUUAAUUUUGUUUUUACUUAUUAUAUAUGAUUCAAGAAACCCUUUGGAAUAAAAUUUGAAAACUGUAUUGACAUUAUUGUAACCUGUUGCUAUAUACAAACAACAGCAAGGCUAUCUCUGGCACACACAAAAUUCAGCAAGUCAAAUUUAAGAAAAACAUUUGGCGAAAUACUUUUAUGUAAUAAGUGAUAUUUUGUUAGAAGAUAACUAGGUUUCUGUAAAUUGAUUAAGUUCAAGAGAUAAGUUGGCAACAUCAUCUGCUCACCCUGAGCUAGUCCUGAACAGGCAAGAUAUAAAAUAUCAAAACUUAAAAUCGUCUAUAAGACUAAAAGGGACCAUAUUACAUGUCACAACAACUAUUAAGGCACUUUGUGGCUGGUAUUUGAAAGCAUGUGGCAUGUGCCGUGUUGUCUGUGAAAAACUGCAUAUACAAUACGUGUUACAUUCUUGAUCAUGUGUCACAGUAACCUUUUUGGGGGGAUUGUUUUGUUACAUGUAAUGUGUGCCACUGCCACCAGUGUCAAAUUAUGGUCAAGAUUUUUAAAAAUUGUUUCUCUUUAUUUUUAACGUUUUAUCUGUCCUAUGGCAAAUAUCAGUCUGCUGUUUUUAUACUACAAUUAAUAAUGCAGACUAAAUUAAAUCAUAUCAUGUAUUAUUUUGAAAUAUUUUAUUAUUAGUCUCUGCAUUUGUCCAAAAACUGAAGUUAGUGUGAACCACAUUGACAUAUAUACAUGGGAUUUCUCGAAGCUAACAUGCAUGUGUGUGUAUCAAACAAAAAUGCAGCACAAAUUCUUUGUUGAACAAAUGACAGAACAAAUCAAGAAAGCAAAGACCUUUCAGGUGAACAUGGCUUUCAAAUAACUUUCAUAUCUCGACUUUGCAAGCAACAUAUCUGUAAUAUGUAUGUAUGUAUGUAUGUAUGUAUGUAUUGAUGUAUGAAUAUUUAUAUAUUGUAUGUAUGUCGAGGUUGACUGUUACAUACAUAGAUCUAUUAUCUAUGUAUGUAUGUAUGUAUGUAUCUAUAUAUAUUUACUUCACCCUUAAUGCAUAUGUGUCCCCUUAAAAGCUACAUAAAGAAGCAAAAUAAUGGACUACAUGUACUCUCAAUUUUGCAAAAAGUGGACAUAAGCCGUUCUUGACUAUUGUCCACCAUUUUUAGCUGAUCACAAUAUCAAGGUUUGGUUGUAAAACUUUCUUUUAAACAAGUAAAUGACCGUACGCAGACAUAAUAUUUUGUCUAUAUGUAUUUGAAACUGAAAAAAGGGGGAGGCAGGUGAGGGUGAACCUUCAAGUGCAUUUUUAUUAUCCCAAAAACACAUUCGAUUCACGUUAAGCAAAAUAUUGUUUGUUAGUAUAUCCUACUGACUAUUUUGUUUUCUUUAUUUUUCUUUUCUUCUUUACUGAUGUAUAGAAAUGUGUUUUAAAUGGUGAUAUCCAUUUUAAAAUGGUAUAUUCACUUCCACUAUAAUCUUUAAAUAGAAGAAACAUACCAUUUUAUUACAGCUGUAAUUGUAUUUAAUCUUUUUAUUAAUGAAAUACACAAUGUAUUACAUUCUGGAAGAGUGAGAUAUAGUGCCUUUAAGGAUGGUCAUGGCUAAAUUAAAAUACAUGUAGUUCGUCAAUACACUUGAAUGGUAGUCCUCUUUUGACAGUGCAGGAGGGAUGAAAUAUCCAGUUAAGGGUCUCCUUGGGAGUGGCUGUCCUAUAGAAGAGGCACUAGAUAGAUAUUCAUGGAAUCAAACACUAUUUUGUCAAAUAUCCAUUCGACUCUGCAUUGGACAGAGAUACGGCCUUGGUCAUGUGUUCCAGUUUUGUCCUUCAGAUUAUAAGGGUCUCCAAAGAGAAAGGAAUUGACAGUAUUUUAAAAUUAACAAAUAAAUGUCUGAAAACUUAAUGUCCUCUGGAUCUGUUCAUAAUGGGCAAUGCUGAUAUACAUUGUAUAUGGGAUAGAAAUUAAAGAUGUGGCAUACAUGUAUGUGCAAUAAAUGUGGUUUCUUAUCCAUAAUGAUUGUUCUGUAUAUAUUAUACAAACUAUAAUACAUUUGUUAACUGAGUGCCAGCUUUGCCACUUAUCUCAGAUUUAACAUUGAUAUUCCAAAUCAACAAAUUUGUACGAACGAAUUGGACUGGAUCUCUACCAGAAAGCAUUGCCAAUAAAACUAAAUUUGUGAUAGUAAAGUACUAACGUAGGUCGGCAUAUUGAAAAACUCAGUAGGAGUAUUUCAGUAUUUUAUUACAAUUACAUGUACAUGUUGUAGACCACAGAAAAAAAAUUAAAAAGCAAAAUUGAGCCCAACAAGAAAUUUUGCUUUAUAUUGCUUACUGAUAAUUUUAAUUUUGAGAAUUCAAUGUCUUGGUAACCAGUUUAUAAUUGCAAUUGCAUGUCCUGAUAUGCAUUGAUGUAUGUAUAAUGACUAGUCAAUGUGUUUUUAACAAAAAUAAAUGUGUCAGUUUAAUAUUUCAAUUUUUGCAAUGUUUUAAUGGUUUCAAAUGUGCAAUUUUUAAGAAGAAAGUCUCCAAAUAAUUUGGAUCUUUUAAUUUCUCUAUAAAAACAUUUAUUUGUUCACAUUUACCACAUUUUGACACCCAAUAGCCGAUUUAUUUUUCGUGCUGGGGUGUCGUUAAACAUUCAUUCAUUCAUUCUAUAAAAACAUCCGACUAAAUGCUCUUCUCUGUUCCUCUCUGAACUAAAACUGUUUUUGUACAGCAGUGGUUAUAUGCAGAAAGAUAAAAUGUUCUCUUAUUUUGUUCAGAUGUUGCUUUGUGCCAUAUUUCAUCCAAACUAUAUGUGCAAUAUAUUAUGUAUCUAGAUCAAUAGCAGUACCGAUUUGUGAAAUCCUAAAGUCUCUGCAACUUGUCUUAUUCAGAAAUGUCAUUGUCUUUGUGCUAAGUGUAUGUGCCAACUUCAUUUGUGGUGUGUAAUGAUGUCCUCGGCCCCUGCAUAAAAAACUUUUAAAGUUAAGUCAUUUUGUAUGGUGUUGCCAUGAUGUUAAAGUCCCCAGACUGUGCAAGCUAAGUCCUGAAUCCAUACCUGUGAUGUCACACUAUUGUUCUAGGUGUAGAUUAUUUUUUAAGAAUCAGUACUUGUAUAUUGUAAACAAGUACAACGCUUUAGCCCAUGAGGCCAAAUAUCUGCAUCAUCGAUGUAAUUUAAUCCUUAUACACAUAUUAGUGAAAGUAAUGUAUUCUGGCAGAACACAGCAAAGAUUGUUGGAAACUAAAUCGGAAAUAAGAGAUUACAUGAUUAGCCACUGUUGAUGAUUUACUGCCCAAAUCAUUCAGGUUAGGUCCGAAAGAAUCCUAUCAUUUUGGGGGUUUUGUUUUGUAAAUAUUCUUUGCUAUUUUAACCAAUAUUUUCAUUGAGAAAUAUAAAAUAGAAGUUAAUUUAGCAGUCACAUAAUUUCUUUUAAUGAAUAAUGAAUUAAGUUGGAGAAUGUACUAGGAAGUGUAGAUUCAUGAAAAAUAAUUAACUUGUUCCUAUGGGGCUUGUGAAUCGUUUUUCAUGAAUGUACACCUCCUCGUACAUUCUCCACUACAGAUUUUAUGAGUCUUGAGAGCACAACAGCUGAUUUCACUGUGCAGAUGUACAGAUGACAGAAAUGAUAUUAAUUUAAUGAUAAACGUACAUGACAACAGCUGAUUUUACUGUACAGGUGACACAAAUGAUAUUAAUUUAAUGAUAAACAUACAUGACAACGGCUAAUUUCACUGUACAGAUGUACAGGUGUCACAAAUGAUAUUAAUUUAAUGAUAAACAUACAUGAAACAAUGAAAACUAGACUACAAGGAGAAUGUGGCCUUUAGUUUAAAAGCGUGUGUAAUUAAUAAAGAGCUAAAUUAUAUCAAUAUGUAUGCAAGAUUGAUAGUUCAGAAGUGCCUUUUUAUAGGCAUGACCAUCGUGUACUCGGUGUUCAUUUAUAAUAGGUUCAAUCAAUACAGAUUUUCAUACAUUAGUCCCAUCAGAUGUACGUUGUUAUUAAUAAAGGGACAUUCUUGAGUUUGCUGCAUUUUUAAAGAUGUCAUUGACUAACAGACAUUUCACAUAUAUGUAUAUAUAUAUAUAUAUAUAUAUUUUUUUUUUUGGUGUUUUUUUGUGGGUUUUUUGCA